AAUGGUUGAAACUAAGUCUUUCUGAUGGUUGCGGAGUUAGGAUUGGCGAAGUUUUGUUCUGUGCGGUGCGAUGUUUCGAGAUGUGAGCUAAACUAAGCAACAUUAAAUAGUGUACGACAGUGCAGGAAGGUAGUAACGUUAUCUUGGAGCGUCAUAGGGAAUAACAUCGAUGUGUUGUAAUUCAAUUUCGAGAAAUAUCCUUAAUGAAAACAGUUACGUGCAUUGUAUGUCAACAAUAAUGGCUGUGUCUACUUGAACGAAAUCCACAAAACUUUAUCAAUCAAUCAUAAUUUGAAGCUGCAAUCACCGAAAUAACUGGGAAGCACUUGUUUUUCAACCGAAUUCAGUCAAAUCGCUGUAAUCAUGGCAGAGCCCAAUUCGUCCAAACCCAGGAUAAUGGUUUUUCGGCCAACCUGGGAAGAGUUCAAAGAUUUUUCCAAAUACAUUCAACACAUGGAAUCUCACGGUGCACACAAAGCAGGUCUAGCCAAGGUGAUUCCACCACAGGAAUGGGUUCCCAGGAAGUCUGGAUACAAUUUGGAUGAUCUGAAUCUGACAAUACCAGCACCUAUUUGCCAAGUAGUCACAGGGAAACAGGGUCUAUAUCAACAGAUAAAUAUACAAAAGAAAUCAAUGACAGUUCAACAAUACAGGGAUUUGGCUAAUUCAGAUAGAUACAAUACUCCCAGGCAUUUUGACUAUGAGGAUCUAGAAAGAAAAUACUGGAAGAACAUCACCUAUGUUGCACCCAUCUAUGGAGCGGAUGUUUCUGGUAGUCUUACAGAUCCUGACGUUGAUGAAUGGAACAUAAAUCGAUUGGGAACAAUUUUGGAUCUAGUCAAUGAAGAUUACGGUAUUUCAAUUGAAGGUGUAAAUACAGCAUAUUUAUAUUUUGGUAUGUGGAAGACAACAUUUGCAUGGCACACUGAAGACAUGGAUCUAUAUUCUAUAAAUUAUUUGCAUUUUGGUGCACCAAAAACUUGGUAUUCUAUACCACCAGAACAUGGAAGAAGGCUUGAACGUUUGGCCAAUGGUUUCUUUCCAUCAAGUUAUCAAUCUUGCCAGGCCUUCCUUAGGCACAAAAUGACCCUUAUAUCACCACAAGUAUUAAAACAAUAUUCAAUUCCUUAUAAUAAGAUUACUCAAGAAGAAGGCGAAAUUAUGAUAACAUUUCCGUAUGGUUAUCAUGCCGGUUUUAACCAUGGUUUCAACUGCGCUGAAUCAACAAAUUUUGCCGCUCCUCGUUGGGUUGAAUACGGCAAACGGGCAACACAGUGUACAUGCAGUAAAGAUAUGGUGAAAAUAUCUAUGGAUACGUUUGUUAAAAGAUUUCAACCAGAAAAGUACGAGAAAUGGUUGCAAGGUUGUGAUAUUGGACCACAUCCGGAGGAACCAAACAGACAAGUUGCAGCGCCCCAUCCAAUGCCUCAAGACAUUUUAUGCAACAAAAAUAAUCCCGAAUUACCGAGCAGUUUCACAUUACCAAAACGCAGCAUGGCAGGACGAAAGAGCAAAUCUUCGUUUACAGAACAGCAAGAUUUCUCAAUGACUGAUUUUCCUAGAGAUUUACAAAUGCAAUUAAUAGAGGAAGAUAUGGCUAGUGCUGAAGACAUAGUUCCUGAUGAACAGCAAAUGGAAGUGUUGGAAGAUAUUUGGUUAAAAGCUGGGGAAAUUGAUGUUGAAGAUGCUACCAUGUUAGACGAAGGAUACAAAGUUGGAGGACACAGAAAGAAACGGCGCAGCAAAGAUAAUAAAACACCAAGAAAACGCACUCCGAAGAAGAAAACGAAGCCAGUGAUUCCCGGAAUUCCAUUUUCCACAAAUUCGGCUUUGGACGAAAUCACCGCUAGUGGAUUAUUUGCACCGUGCUCCUCGAAUCAAACAAAAAAAGUGUGCGGUCCAAUUGUGGCUCCAAUUUCUGGAGUAAGGGGUGUGAUUUCAGUGAAUUCUUCAGUAAAACAAGAACCAUCGAAUAGUGUCGACGAAGAUAUCUCAAAUUCAUUUGAUCGAAUAAUACGUGAAGCUACCAUCGAACAUGAAAGGACCCUUCAAGUGUCUGAGAGGGAAAGGAUGCUUAAUGCUAAAGUCAAGAUCUUUAAAGCUGAGCCAGAAAAGGUGAAAAUUGAGACGUUUUCUGAUGUUUCUGCGGAUUUCAUAUCAAAAAUGGGCGUCGAAGUAAAACACGAAGCAGCUAUAAAAAAGAAGCCGCGGAAGAGUACACAUCCGAAGAAUAUAAAGGAUAUGACUGUCAGGAGUUUAGAUUGUGGAAAUUUUAUAAAGACUGUGGAAAGGAUGCCCACUUUAAAAGUACAAACUGUGACUGAGCCAUUUAUAGAACAUGAAAGCAUGCCUACUUUGGACCCGCAGAGAGCAAACACUGAACGUCUUCUGCGAGCCAUCAGUAGUGGUCAAUAUACUAUUGUACCUUCACAUGGCGACGCUCAAAUACGUAUUAAAAGAGAAGAUGCAGCUCAGACAAUAACGACACCAGCCGUUAAUACGAAUGUUGUGCAAUUGGUAAAAGCUCCACAAUCGAACCAGUUGCCAUCAGACAAUGAAAUGAUUAUUUCUAAGUAUUUGAACAACCCACAGAAAAAUAAUUUGCAUAUUGUUCAGACAAGUCCAGCCAUGGUUAAUCAGAUUAAGCAAAAAAUAACUGAACAAAUUAAAACCAAUGCCAUUCAUUUGCACCAAACUGUGCGUCCACAAGUAACUCAACUGUUGAAUCAACAAGCUCCCGAGAAUCGUAUAAUAAUUGGUGGUACAGAAAAGGCAGUUUACAUGGUCGACAAUAAAACCCUGAUGUAUAAUUUACCAAAAGCCAACCAGGUAGUAUUACCCUCAACUCAACAAUCAUCUACAAGUGAAACGAAUCCAGUGAACUAUAAUAAAUACUAUACCAUCAAUUCUGUGCCAGCUGCAACGCCGAUAACGGAAGCACAGGACCGUUUUUACCCGAUGACCUACAAGCCCAUAAGCUUAGAAAAAGAUGCGGAAAUGUCCCCGGUGGCUGACUGGAAGCAAGAUUUGAAGAAGCAACCCUGCGGCCAAAAGAUCAACAUAGGCGAGAUUACAGUUACGAAACUGGACAAAGCACAGACGUCCAAUGAAACAACACGUAAACCAAAUGUAACCAGACAACCCGCAGAUAAAAAGCAUAUAUUAGUUGUGAAUAACAAUGAUAUUAAACCAAAGAUAACAAAGUUUAACACUGAGAGAACUCUUCAGAAAAUAAACGAAGAUAUGAAGUAUGCAGGUAUUAAGCAAAAAGGUGCAAUUAAUGGUAUGGAUCAAGAAAAUUUGUUGAAAGUCAAAACACCAGUUCAGAUCAAUGCUGGACAGGAAUUAAAAAUGGCGAAUGAGUGCAAUUACAAUUCUUUUCUGAUUAAGCAAAACAAGACUGAUAGUGAAACUAAGUUCAAUCUACUUACAGUUAGUAAUCUGAAAUUGGAUAAGGAAAAUAAUUUAGAAACUGACUUAAAUGAGAUACAUCACAAGGGCAAAGGGUGUUUGCUUGAAUGCAAUGAAGACACAGAUAAAGAUAAUAUUGAAGCAAAUUGUGAAAGUAAAAUGGAAGGAGCAACAAUUCGUUCAGGUAUCAAGAGAUAUAGCUCUGGUAAACCAGUAAUGGACGAAGACAAUAUUAAUCAUGAUGAAGCUGAUGAGAAAGUAAAAAUGGAAUAUAGCGAUGUCGCCUGCGACAAUGAUGAUUCGUUUGUGACUUCAAAAACUUCUCAGUCAAUAAAUGAAUCAUUUUCGUCUGAGACAAAUUCUUCUUUAGAAAACAAAUCUUUCAAUAACUCAAUGGACACUAGCAAAACUAGCAAUUCAAUUGUUAAAACGAUACAAUUGAAUUUGGCUGUAUUCGAGGUACUAAACCGUGAGAUUAUGGAUGACAAUUCAGAGUUGAGCUCAUCCGAGGAUAGUGUUGAUGAAGAUUUUCUUCACAAUGAUAACCAGUAUCUCUUCAAAGGCAGCGCCAGUGAUUUGAAUAAUUACACAAAUAUGGAAGGCAUCACUUGUAAAUUACUCAACUUCUUAAAAUCGGUUCCGGGUGAAAAGAUCGAUCGGAACGCUAUUAAGCAGUAUCUGGAAGGAACGGGACUAAUCUUAUUUAAGAACGACAAGGGGUUGUGGGAUGUUCGAAGUGAUGAACUAUAUCUUUCCGACAGUUGUGAAUUGAAUUCAGCGAAGCGCCAGAAAGUAAAUAAAAUAAACGGUUUACUGAAGAAAGUCAAGACAUUGACUCCAUACAAAGCGAUCGUGCGUCUUUCGGAUUGUAUGCUGAAUGUUGCGAAACAAGAUAAAAGCAGACUGUUAGCCCAAUUACAGAGUCAAUCAGAUGAGGAUGACGAGGACGACAAUAAGUUAUUAAGCGAGUUUGAAAAGAAGCGAGUGCUGGAGGAGGUUUGGGCUCGUAGGAACGAUGGAGCAUUUUAUAGAGCUGUGAUAUUGGAGAAAUAUAAGGAAUGCCGGUGUGUGGUGUUUAUAGAAUCUGCCGGAAGUAUAAUCAUAGAUGUGGCGGUAAGUGACAUCCGCUCAAUAAAUGACAGCGAAAAGGCAGUCAUGACGGGCGAUCGAAUAAUAUUGACACGGAACAACGAACAACAGGAAGGCGUGUUGUUGAAGAAAACUAAACAUUAUUUGUAUAAAGUGAAGUAUCAAGACGGACAAAUAGCCGUAGUAAAGAGGAGUUGUGUAUUUACGAAGGAUUCAUCGUUCGCUAAGAAAAUAGCUAGUAAAAUUAGAGAUAAACCCACUUAAGUAACUGGAUAUCGUUUAUUGUUUUACAUAAAUUAUUUAUUUCAUUUAGCGUUUAAGACUGAUCAGAGUGUUAUAAUUUAAUGACUUUUUAACUUUAUUCCGUUCAUUUUUUUUUUAAUUUAUAUGAUUCGUUGAUUCUAUUGGAAUCCUAUUGUUUCUAAAAAAAAAACACAUCUUUUAUUAUUAAUAAUAUUUUGCAAAUUGUGAUGAUUAAAUUUAGUAUCUAUGUAGAGAAUAUGUUCGAAGUACAAAUUAUCGCAAUACUAAAUACUAAACGACGUCUCGUUAUCACCGUCAUUAGUGGCGAAUCGUUAGUUUCAGUCUUCGCAAAAUUUGUACUCUUUCUAUCAUUUCUGUUGAACAUUUUCGUUGUACAAUCAUUUUAUGUAUAUAUACAGGAAAAUAAUAGAUUAUUUGACGUG